AUCAGAAAUCUUACAGAUCUUCAGAGCCUGCUGGUGGAGAUUGAAAAACAGACGUCAGGAGAGCUGACGUCGGUGGAUGUGAUCUCCUAUGUGGAGGCCCUCUCUCAAUCGGCCUCGCUGAUGAGCUCUGGGGAGAAAAAUCUAACCGUCAAACCAGCCGUGACCAAAGCAAUUCUCAGAGUAAUCUUUAUUUCCACUAGCAAUGCUAUUGCUCUUUUUAGAAGUAGGAUACUAAAUGUUCUUGGCCUAAGGGUAUAUAUAUACAUAUGGUUUCUGUCAUCAUUUAUAAGGCUGCUUAAACUUUGCUGCAUAUACAUUUAAAACAGAGAAAGGGUUGUUCAAUCCAUUAAAAUACACAGUAUGAUUUGUCUUGUUGCUUGAUAUUCAUAAAUGCUUUUGUUAAACUGCCUUCAUUUCUUUUCCACAGACAUUUUUAAAUGUGGUGAACAAUUUGGUUGAGAAGGAUGAGUUGGUGGCCUGGAACAGAAUCAAAAAGGAACACCGGGACUACACCAUAACCAAACUCUUACACACAGUGGAGGAGAGUACCCUGACACUGGCCAGGAAAUAUAAAGCGACUACUGAGAUUGAGAUCAAAGAGAGUGAAAUGGGUAAGAAGAAUUCCACAAUCAUGUCUCUUAGCACGGACACACCGGUAGCGGUUGCCGGCCGAGAGCAGGGGCGUUUCUAGGACUUAAGGACAAAGCCAAAGAGGGAACCCUAGUUGGGUAAUAAAAAACAGCUAAAUGCAUCAAUCUGGUGUACUUUGAGAUGAACAUUGAGAGAUUAGAUUUCUAUUAAGAAUUUGUCAAAAAUAUAUAUACAUUGCCUUGCAAAAGUAUUCAUCCCCAUUGGCGUUUUUCCUAUUUUGUUGCAUUACACCUGUAAUUUAAAUUGAUUUUUAUUUGGAUUUCAUGUAAUGGACAUACACAAAAUAGUCCAAAAUGGUGAAGUUUAAUGAAAAAAAAAAAUAACAGAAAAGUGGUGCGUGCAUAUGUAUUCACCCCCUUUGCUAUGAAGCCCCUAAAUAAGAUCUUGUGCAACCAAUUGCCUUCAGAAGUCACAUAAUUAGUUAAAUAAAGUCCACCUGUGUGCAAUCUAAGUGUCACAUGAUCUGUCACAUGAUCUCAGUAUACAGUUGAAGUCAGAAGUUUACAUACACCUUAGCCAAAUACAUUUAAUCUCAGUUUUUCACAAUUCCUGACAUUUAAUCCUAGUAAAAAAUUCCAGGUCAGUUAGGAUCACCACUUUAUUUUAAGAAUGGGAAAUGUCAGAAUAAUAGUAGAGAGAAUGAUUUAUUUCAGCUUUUAUUUCUUUCAUCACAUUCCCAGUGGGUCAGAAGUUUACAUACACUCAAUUAGUAUUUGGUAGCAUUGCCUUUAAAUUGUUUAACUUGGGUCAAACAUUUCGGGUAGCCUUCCACAAGCUCCCCACAAUAAGUUGGGUGAAUUUUGGCCCAUUCCUCCUGACAGAGCUGGUGUAACUGAGUCAGGUAUGUAGGCCUUGCUCGCACAUGCUUUUUCAGUUCUGCCACACACAUUUUAUAUAGGAUUGAGGUCAGGGCUUUGUGAUGGCCACUCCAAUACCUUGACUUUGUUGUCCUUAAGCCAUUUUGCCACAACUUUGGAAGUAUGCUUGGGGUCAUUGUCCAUUUGGAAGACCCAUUUGCGACCAAGCAUUAACUUCCUGACUGAUGUCUUGAGAUGUUGCUUCAAUAUAUCCACAUCAUUUUCCUUCCUAAUGAUGCCAUCUAUUUUGUGAAGUUCCCUAGUCCUCCUGCAGCAAAGCACCCCCACAGCAUGAUGCUGCCACCCCCAUGCUUCACGGUUGGGAUGGUGUUUCUCAGCUUGCAAGGCACCCCCUUUUUCCUCCAAACAUAACGAUGGUCAUUAUGGCCAAACAGUUCAAUUUUCUUUUCAUCAUACCAGAGGACAUUUCUCCAAAAAGUACAAUCUUUGUCCCCAUGUGCAGUUGCAAACCGUAAUCUGGCUUUUUUAUGGUGGUUUUAGAGCAGUGGCUUCUUCCUUGCUGAGCGGACUUUUAGGUUAUGUCGAUAUAGGACUCGUUUUACUGUGGAUAUAGAUACUUUUGUACCUGUUUCCUCCAGCAUCUUCACAAGGUCCUUUGCUGUUGUUCUGGGAUUGAUUUGCACUAAAGUACGUUCAUCUCUAGGAGACAGAACGCGUCUCCUUCCUGAGUGGUAUGACGGCUGCGUGGUCCCAUGGUGUUUAUACUUGUGUACUGUUGUUUGUACAGAUGAACGUGGUACCUUCAGGUGUUUGGAAAUUGCUCCCAAGAAUGAAUCAGACUUGUGGAGGUCCCAAAAAAAAAUCUGAGGUCUUGGCUGAUUUCUUUAGAUUUUCCCAUGAUGUCAUGAUGUCCCGUGUAGCUCAGUUGGUAGAGCAUGGCGUUUGCAAUGCCAGGGUUGUGGGUUCGAUUCCCAUGGAGGGCUCUGGAUAAGAGCAGCUGCUAAAAUAAAAUAAUAAAAUAAAAGUCAAGCAAAGAGGCACUGAGUUUGAAGGUAGGCCUUGAAAUACAGGUACACCUCCAAUUCACUCAAAUGAUGUCAAUUAGCCUAUCAGAAGCUUCUAAAGCCGAAACAUAUUUUUAUGGAAUUUUCCAAGCUGUUUAACGGCACAGUCAACUUAGUAAAUGUAAACUUCUGACCCAAGUGAAAUAAUCUGUCUGUAAACAAUUGUUGGAAAAUUUACUUAUGUCAUGCACAAAGUAGAUGUCCUAACCGACUUGCCAAAACUAUAGUUUGUUAACAAGAAAUGUGUGGAGUGGUUGAAGAACGAGUUUUAAUGACCCCAACCUAAGUGUAUGUAAACUUCCGACUUCAACUGUAUAUACAUCUGUUCUGAAAGGCCCCAGAGUCUGCAACACCACUAAGCAAGGGGCACCACCAAGCAAGCAGCACCAUGAAGACCAAGGAGCUCUCCAAACAGGUCAGGGACAAAAUUGUGGAGAAGUACAGGUCAGGUUUGGGUUAUAAAAAAAUAUCAGAAACUUUGAAGAUCCCACAGAGCACCAUUAAAUCCAUUAUUAAAAAAUUGAAAGAAUAUGGCACCACAACAAACCUGCCAAGAGAGGGCCGCCCACCAAAACUCACGGACCAGGCAAGGAGAGCAUUAAUCAGAUAGGUAACAAAGAGAGCAAAGAUAACCCUGAAGGAGCUGCAAAGCUCCACAGCGGAGAUUGGGGUAUCUGUCCAUAGGACCACUUUAAGCCGUACACUCCACAGAGCUGGGCUUUACGGAAGAGUGGCCAGAAAAAAGCCAUUGCUUAAAGAAAAAAAGAAGCAAACACGUUAGGUGUUCGCAAAAAGGCAUGUGGGAGACUCCCCAAACAUAUGGAAGAAUGAGACUAAAAUUGAGCUUUUUGGCCAUCAAGGAAAACUCUAUGUCUGGCGCAAACCCAACACCUCUCAUCACCCCGAGAACACCAUCCCCACAGUGAAGCAUGAUGGUGGCAGCAUCAUGCUGUGGGGAUGUUUUUCAUCGGCAGGGACUGGAAAACUGGUCAUAAUUGAAGGAAUGAUGGAUGGCGCUAAAUACAGGGAAAUUCUUAAGGGAAACCUGUUUCAGUCUUCCAGAGAUUUGAGACUGGGUCGGAGGUUCACCUUCCAGCAGGACAAUGACCCUAAGCAUACUGCUAAAGCAACACUCGAGUGGUUAAAGGGGAAACAUUGAAAUGUCUUGGAAUGGCCUAGUCAAAGCCCAGACCUCAAUCCAAUUGAGAAUAUGUGGUAUGACUUAAAGAUUGCUGUACACCAGUGUAACCCAUCCAACUUGAAGGAGCUGGAGCAGUUUUGCCUUGAAGAAUGGGCAAAAAUACCCCAAGACUUGCAGCUGUAAUUGCUGCAAAAGGUGGCUCUACAAAGUAUUGACUUUGGGUGGGUGAAUAGUUAUGCACGCUCAAGUUUUCUUUUCUUUUUUUGUCUUAUUUCAUGUUUGUUUUACAAAAAAAAAUAUUUUGCAUCUUCAAAGUGGUAGGCAUGUUGUGUAAAUCAAAUGAUACAAACCCCCAAAAAUCUAUUUUAAUUCCAGGUUGUAAGGCAACAAAAUAGGAAAAAUGCCAAGGGGGGGCAUUUUUCGCACGCCACUGUAUAUACACUACCAGUCAAAAGUUUGGACACACCUACUCAUUCAAGGGAUUUUCUGUAUUUUUGCUAUGUUUUACACUGUAGAAUAAUAGUGAAGAUAUCAAAACUAUGAAAUAACACAUAUGGAAUAAUGUAGUAAUCAAAAAAGUGUUUAACAAAUCAAAAUAUAUUUUAUAUUUGAGAUUCUUCAAAUAGCCACCCAUUGCCUUGAUGACAGCUUUGCACACUCUUGGCAUUCUCUCAAAUAGCUUCAUGAGGUAGUCACCUGGAAUGCAUUUCAAUUAACAGGUGUGCCUUGUUAAAAGUUAAUUUGUGGAAUGGAUUUCCUUCUUAAUGCAUUUGAGCCAAUCAGUUAUGUUGUGACAAGGUAUACAGAUGAUAACCCUUUUAGGUAAAAGACCAAGUCCGUAUUAUGGCAAGAACAGCUCAAAUAAGCAAAGAGAAAUUAUUACUUUAAGACAUGACGUUCAGUCAAUACGGAACAUUUCAUGAACUUUGAAAAUUUCUUCUAGUGCAGUCGCAAUAACCAUGAAGCGCUAUCAUGAAACUGCCUCUCAUGAGGACCACCACAGGAAUGGAAGACCCAGAGUUACCUCUGCUACAGAGGUAGUGGAUAGUGGGACUAUCAUUUGUUUUCAACAGGACAAUGACCCACCACACCUCCAGGCUGUGUAAGGGCUAUUUUACCAAGAAGGAGAGUGAUGGAGUGCUGCAUCAGAUGACCUGGCCUCCAUAAUCCCCCGACCUCAGACCAAUUGAGAUGGUUUGGGAAGAGUCGGAUGGCAGAGUGAAGGAAAAGCAGCCAACAAGUGCUAAGCAUAUGUGGGAACUCCUUCAAGACUGUUGGAAAAGCAUUCCAAGUGAAGCUGGUUGAAAAAAUGCCAAGAGUGUGCAAAGCUGUCAUGUUGGCAAUUUGAAGAAUUUCAAAUAUAAAAUAUAUUUUUUAUUUGUUUAACACUUUUUUGGUUACUACAUGAUUCCAGAUGUGUUAUUUCAUUGUUUUGAUGUUUUCACUAUUGUUCUACAAUGUAGAAAAUAGUAAAAAUAAAGAAAAACCCUUGAAUGAGUAGGUGUGUCCAAAUGAGUGGUACUGUAUAUAUAAUAAUAAUAAUAAUAAUAAUAAUAGUAAUAAUAAUAAUAAUAACUAGAAAAGUACUUUUCUGAAGAAAAUGUGGUUUGCAUGCUAGCUUGUGAAGGAUUGAUUAAUUGAGAGGAUAGGAUAGCCUGAACAUGUGAAAGUUGGUUUGGUGUCUCUAGCUUGAACAGUUCAAGAGUUACUAUUGGUGGGUUAUUUUAUUCAAAUAUAUGCAAUUGGAUUUUCCGCAAAGGGACAUGCCAUAGUGACGGACAAGAAUCUGAUUGGCGGAGAAGCCCCGUCUUUAUUCACCCGGACAGGCUAAGAUCAACUUAACCUACUAGGUAGCAGGUUUGCUUCAGAGCAGUCGUUGCUAUUGCUCAAAUUUUGGUUUGACAGAUUUCCCUAACUCACUAAUCCGGCUUUCUGGAAUACCCCUCAGCUUGUUAGCUGAUAAGGUAACAUGACUGAACCAGCUUGUUUGUUAUCAAAUAAAUAGGCUACAGUCUGCGAGUAGCAUAGUUUUAAAACGGUAUUUAUCUAAUGUUUCCCUCGAAUUUGCAAUAUAUAUUUUUUUAAAUAGCCUAUCUCCGGUAAAAUGAAUCAUAUCUUUUGUACGGCUUGGGCAAAUUGUUUUCAGUAAAGUAAUGGUGAAACCAUGACAGUCACGACGCUGCGCUUAUUUUUUCUCUAUGGCAUUCAGGUUGCGCUAGGCAGGCACACAUAUAUUUUAAAAGAUAGUUUAUGACUUUUGAAAAAGUAGACUGCUGAAAAUGAGUCAAGGGACGUGGGUUGAUGGGUCCAGAGUGGUCCACUGGGUUGUAAAAUCUUGACCAAUCACAGCAGGCACCGCUAGCUGUGCUUCAUUCCUAGGGCUUCUUGCAGUGCCUACUCUACUGCUUGUAGCGCAAGUGAUGCAGGUUUAUGGAAACUCAUAUCAGAGUACAGCUAGCCAGCAGAUCCGACCCGCUUGUUUACAGCUGCACUAGGGUCGGACAGGCUUCCUUUGCCACAGCGGAGCUGGUGCGAGGUAUGGCUCGGAAAACAUACCUCAAUCCAGGGAUGAGAAAUGCGUUGUACUCCGAAUUGUCCCAUUAUCCCAACUGUUCCACCGAGAUGACAGCUUGUUUUUCCGGAAAACUGUUAUUUUUGUCCUUAUGUUAGGUAGCAGAAGCCAUAGCAGCCAUUUUGGAAUGGCAGUGUCAGCCAAUCAGAUCCUUUGCCAGUAUGCCAAAAAUGUCCUCCCGUCUGCUAUUUUCCGCUUUCCCACACCCAAGGCUAUAAAUUCCUCCCACCAGCAGAUAAGCGGAAUUUGCUGUUCAAGACAUGAUUUGCAUCUCUGGCGGGUAGCCUGCACUCAUAGGACCACUAUAAGCCCUUGGCAGGCCGGUUUUGCAUCUCUGGCAUUUAGCCUCCACUCAGAGGACAGCUAAAAAAAAGAGGACUGAGCACGCCCCCAUUCUCAUCGAUGGGGCUGUAGUGGAACAGGUUGAGAGCUUCAGGUUCCUUGGUGUCCAAAUCACCAACAAGUAGAUAAUAAUCUAUCAAUAUAUAAAAAAUAAGCGAUGACAGGGUUUGAAGCUGAAAGAAUUGCUUGCCUCUGACUGGUAGUGUCGCCUGUCGGGAGAAGGGCGGCUGGGUCGUGAGGAAAACGUCACAUCAGCAGGAGGAACAUGGCUGCCGCCUGAUUCAAGCAACCUAUCACGAGUUCCCCGUCAGUGAGGACGAUGGGUAAAAAAGCUCCAUAACGGCUGCUGUGGCUACUGCUAGCUAGCAUGAGGACAAAAACAGCAGUUUAUUUAAAAAACAGCAGUUGUUCAAUCUUCUCGGUGUAACAGUUGGGAUAAUGGAACAAUUCAGAGUACAACGCAUUUCUCAUCCCCUGAUUAAGAUACGUUUUCCGAGUGAUAUCUCGCGCCAACGCCGCAGUGUCUUAAUCUACACAUGAAGCCUGUCCAACCCUAGUGCAUCUGUAAACAAGCGGGUCGGCUCUGCUGUCUAACGUACAACCCGCAAUUUCAAAAUUCUUCGACCAUCAAAAGGUUUGGGGCUGGACUAAAAACAUUUGGGUCUGAAGUCCCGGAAGCCCACACUGUAAAACUUUUCCCUUUAAAUUGACAGCAUUAUACUGGCACCAGAGUUGCCAGCUUAAUACUGUCAUUUUACUUUACAGCAGAGAUGCUGUAAUAUAUUUUAUAGUACUAUUUUCCUUAUUAUAAAACAUUUUCCUUACUGUAAAUAUAGUACUGUCAAAAAUAUAACAGCAUCUGUUAUAAAGCAAAAUUACAAUAUUAAGCUGGCAAUUCUGGUGCCAGUAUAAUGGUGUAAAUGUAUAGUGUAAUUCUCCCUGAAAAAAACGAUACAUUUUUACAUAAAAUACAUUUAUUCAAUUGGUGACAACAAAUGAACAACAGAAUUGACAAUAGAAGUAACAACAGUUAACACAUGUAACCAAAUAAGAGCAUCAUUAAAACACUAGUUUAAAAACCAUAUUGUGUGCCUGUGUGUGGGAGAUGUGGUGGAGAGAGAGACAAAGAGAGAGCGAGAGAUGGAGUUAAAAUUGGGAUUGGCUACAAUCCUAGAUCUAUGAUCAGGGGCAACUCUAUUCAGGUUAAGGGGUUUCAGAGGCGGUGGAACACACAACGGGACAGUUUGGGCAGGAGAGCAUCCAGGAGAGAGAUGUCAGUGCAGCAUCUAGUGUUCCUCAUGGGGCGCCGUAACAAUCCUCCUCAGUUCUGAUUUGUUAGCUCUUCUCAGCCCUAGGACAAGCAUAGAAAAAUAAAGAAUACGGUAUAAUGAGAGACAGAGAGCACCAGGGCUGUUACACUGUGGGUAAAAAGAAAGGGGACAUAUCAAGCAGGUGGCGUGUGUGUUUUGUAUUUACCUCACUAGAGGUCUCCUGUGACCAACAGAUGCAUAUCUGUAUUCCCAGUGAAAAUGUGUGAAAUCCAUAGAUUAGGGCCUAAUUUAUUUAUUUCAUUUUACUAAUUUUCUUAUAUGAACUGUAACUCAGUAAAAUCUUUGAAAUUGUUGCAUGUGUGUUUAUAUUUUCAGUGUAGUUUAUGAAAUCAGUUGAGCCAUUGAACAAAUACUAAUAAGACAGCUAGAUACACCUAUUUCAAACCAAUAAAUACACAAUACCACAGAUUAUUUUACCAGACUCACAACAUUUUAUUUAAUUUCUCUGCCACCAAAUGUUUAUAUACUACUGGUCAAGUGAACAGGCUUGGCUAAUACUGUAACAUUAUGGAACAAUGUUUUUGAGAGGUUAUACGGACACGGGCGAAUGUUGCACAGCUGAGAGCCGAGUGAACAGUGACAAGUAAGGAGGACAUUGUUAUUUUUUUAUUUUUUUUAUUUUUUUAUUUAACCUUUAUUUAACCAGGUAAGCCAGUUGAGAACAGGUUCUCAUUUACAACUGCGACCUGGCCAAGAUAAAGCAAAGCAGUGCAAUAAAAACAACACAGAGUUACAUAUGGGGUAAAAAACAUAAAGUCAAAAAUACAACAGAAUAUAUAUAUACAGUGUGUGCAAAUGUAGCAAGUUAUGGAGGUAAGGCAAUAAAUAGGCUAUAGUGCAAAAUAAUUACAAUAGUAUUAACACUGGAAUGCUAGAUGUGCAAGAGAUUAUGUGCAAAUAGAGAUACUGGGGUGCAAAAUAAAUAACAAUAUAGGGAUGAGGUAGUUGGGUGGGCUAAUUUCAGAUGGGCUGUGUACAGGUGCAGUGAUCGGUAAGGUGCUCUGACAACUGAUGCUUAAAGUUAUUGAGGGAGAUAAGAGUCUCCAGCUUCAGAGAUUUUUGCAAUUCGUUCCAGUCAUUGGCAGCAGAGAACUGGAAGGAAUGGCGGCCAAAGGAGGUGUUGGCUUUGGGAAUGACCAGUGAGAUAUACCUGCUGGAGCGCAGACUACGGGUGGGUGCUGCUAUGGUGACCAAUGAGCUAAGAUAAGGCGGGGAUUUGCCUAGCAGUGAUUCAUAGAUGGCCUGGAGCCAGUGGGUUUGACGACGAACAUGUAGUGAGGACCAGCCAACAAGAGCGUACAGGUCACAGUGGUGGGUAGUGUAUGGGGCUUUGGAGACAAAACGGAUGGUACUGUGAUAGACUACAUCCAAUUUGCUGAGUAGAGUGUUGGAGGCUAUUUUGUAAAUGACAUCGCCGAAGUCAAGGAUCGGUAGGAUAGUCAGUUUUACGAGGGCAUGUUUGGCAGCAUGAGUGAAGGAGGCUUUGUUGCGAAAUAGGAAGCCGAUUCUAGAUUUAACUUUGGAUUGGAGAUUCUUUAUGUGUCUGGAAGUUGAGUUUACAGUCUAACCAGACACCUAGGUAUUUGUAGUUGUCCACAUACUCUAGGUCAGACCCGUCGAGAGUGGUGAUUCUAGUCGGGUGGGCGGGUGCCAGCAGCGUUCGAUUGAAAAGCAUGCAUUUAGUUUUACUAGUGUUUAAGAGCAGUUGGAGGCUACUGAAGGAGUGUUGUAUGGCAUUGAAGCUCGUUUGGAGGUUUGUUAACACAGUGUCCAAUGAAGGGCCAGAUGUAUACAAAAUGGUGUCGUCUGCGUAGAGGUGGAUCUGAGAGUCACCAGCAGCAAGAGCGACAUCAUUGAUAUACACGGAGAAAAGUGUCGGCCCAAGAAUUGAACCCUGUGGCACCCCCAUAGAGACUGCCAUAGGUCCAGACAACAGGCCCUCCGAUUUGACACACUGAACUCUAUCUGAGAAGUAGUUGGUGAACCAGGCGAGGCAGUCAUUUGAGAAACCAAGGCUAUUUAGUCUGCCAAUAAGAAUGCGGUGGUUGACAGAGUCGAAAGCCUUGGCCAGGUCGAUGAAGACGGCUGCACAGUACUGUCUAUUAUCAAUCACGGUUAUAAUAUCGUUUAGGACCUUGAGCGUGGCUGAAGUGCACCCAUGACCAGCUCGGAAACCGGAUUGCAUAGCGGAGAAGGUACGGUGGUAUUCGAAAUGGUCGGUGAUCUGUUUGUUAACUUGGCUUUCAAAUACUUUCGAAAGGCAGGGCAGGAUGGAUAUAGGUCUGUAGCAGUUUGGAUCUAGAGUGUCACCCCCUUUGAAGAGGGGGAUGACCGCGGCAGCUUUCCAAUCUCUGGGGAUCUCAGACGUUAUGAAAGAGAGGUUGAACAGACUAGUAAUAGGGGUUGCGACAAUUUCGGCGGCUAGUUUUAGAAAGAAAGGGUCCAGAUUGUCUAGCCCAGCUGAUUUGUAGGGGUCCAGAUUUUGCAGCGCUUUCAAAACAUCAGCUGUCUGAAUUUGUGUGAAGGAGAAGCGGGGGGGGCAUGGGCAAGUUGCAGCAGAGGGUGCAGAGUUGGUGGCCGGGGUAGUGGUAGCCAGAUGGAAAGCAUGGCCAGCUGUAGCAAAAUGCUUGUUGAAAUUCUCGAUUAUUGUAGAUUUAUCGGUGGUGAUAGUGUUUCCUAGCCUCAGUGCAGUGGGCAGCUGGGAGGAAGUGCUCUUAUUCUCCAUGGACUUUACAGUGUCCCAAAACUUUUUGGAGUUAGUGCUACAGGAUGCAAACACCAUUGUCCCGGUGUUGUUCCGUUAAUGCUCUCCCCAUUGAGUAUACUGUAUCACGGGGACAUCUAGAUGGCUACCAAUGUUAGUAAUUUAUUUUGUAUGCUUCUAUCUUCCUUGAAAUCUAAUCCUGGGAGGAAAAAUAAAUGGCCAUGUUACUACCUACCAACGGCGACACUGUGAUAGAGCUGCCCAGUGGACGCACUUAAGGUCGGCAGGCACCUCAAUACAAUACCGGUGCACUGGUAAUUCGCAUUGGCUUUAGCGGGUGAUGCUGUGGCCCGUCAAUCCGAAAAAUAAUGAUGUUGUGCCGGUAAUUUGUGUAAAAUCUUUUGAACUGCUAGAAACAAGCCAUUUUCUCUGUAGUAAUGGUGAAAACAUAAUGGUCACGAAUCUGCGCUCCAUUUAUUCUCUAUGGCACUCAGAGGCUGCGGUACAGCGAAGCCUAUCAUCACAACAAUUAUUAUCUGGGUGAUUUGUUUUCUAGGUCGCACAUAAAUAUAUUUACGAGCAAUUUAGAGCAGACCGAAAUGGCUUGUCAACUUGAGAUAGCUUACUAUAGCUAGCUAGCAAACGUAAGGCAGCUAUCUAGCUAAGAAAACAUGUAGUAAUUCAACGUUGGUUAGCAAUAAAGAUAAACAAGUCAAGGUACCUACUCAGCAGCUGCUGAAAAUAUUCUUCCACUUCACAGCAGCUUCAAGAAUAUAUUUACUAAAAUAGUCUGAGCUUUAUGUGUCUCACCUGACAGCAUGAGGUUGGCGCCUGAAACUGAUCAUUUGAAUCUACAGUAGGAAUAAGCUAUUACUGUAAAGAAAUAUAGUAUGUUAGAGUAAUUUUUACUGGAGGCUUCCAAUUACAGAUAAUAACAGUAUUACAUUUUACCCAUAAUGCAGUGCAAUCUACAGCAUGUAUGCUGUUAAAGUGAUUGACGUAUUUUUACUGUGCAUUCUACAGUGUUUUACUGUUGAAAUUACAGAAAAGUCUUACAGUGCAGGCCUAAUGACCGAGUGUACUUGGCACCUCUGAACAGAGUGCCAACCAUAAUUUGAAAACCGAUUCUACAUGUAGAAACCAGCGAAAAUGUCGGCAGUCAGACGCCUACCGGCAGUUGGAAAUCCGUUCUCUAUUGACGCAGAUGCUGUAUUAAUCACAAUUAUUAUUCCACUCAACUGAAUAAUUUCUGUUCUUUCAUAUACAGAAAUUAAACUCUACACUUUUGAUGUCCAGCAAACAAAGAAAACCGAGCUCUCUGUCUCCAUGGGAGGAGAUCGUAUCAGUUUAAAUCCAAAAAGGCAGGAGGGAAACAAAAAUGGUAAGAGAUCGGAUGAAAGGAAAAACAACAUUCAUGACAACAUUAAGGCAUUAAUGUCAGCUAAAGAUGCAUUUAAAUGUGAUGAGAAUCUUAUCAAAGUAACAAGUCAAAUGUUAUUGUUUUUGGGGGAUCCUCUACAUUUGUCAAAUGUAGAACCAAACACUAGCACUUACUGUAUCAACAUCUGAUAUAAACUUCAAUAUUACUACAUUCAAAUUCAAUAUUUUUUUUUCUGUACAUCAGGAAGUGUGUCCAUAGUUUUCCUGCGGUAUGACAGUGUCGGUGGCAUCCUGAAACCAAACACUGACCCUGGUGUUACAGACUACACGCGCUACGCAGAAACAGGGGAAAUCGUUGUGAACUCUCAGGUGAUAGCGGCCGCCAUCAAACCUGCUGACAUGUACCAGCUGGACCAUGUGACCUUCACUCUCAGACACACAGAGGUAUGCUCACAGUCACACAGACAGCCUAGACUGAUCCAUUAGCUCUCCAGCGGCAGACCGCUAACUUGUGACGCACAUACUAAAUUACAACACUCCUAUAAAUCCUGUUUUGAUGUCAAUGGGAGAUUUGUGCUACAAUUCAAGUUAAGUUAUGGAGAGUUGUGAUUAAUAUGCAUGGUCUUAUGUUAGCUUACAAGUGCAUGCAGGCACGAUAUGGUCAUUCAGUAUUUCCACAAUCAAAAGGUAGCCAUUUGUUUUUCACGAACCACCCCAUUUAUUUUGUAUUUUUUUCAGACACAUACAGUGAGGGAAACAAGUAUUUGAUCCCCUGCUGAUUUUGUACGUUUGCCGACUGACAAAGAAAUGAUCAGUCUAUAAUUUUAAUGGUAGGUUUAUUUGAACAGUGAGAGACAGAAUAACAACAACAAAAUCCAGAAAAACGCAUGUCAAAAAUGUUAUAAAUUGAUUUGCAUUUUCAUGAGGGAAAUAAGUAUUUGACCCCCUCUCAAUCAGAAAGAUUUCUGGCUCCCAGGUGUCUUUUAUACAGGUAACGAGCUGAGAUUUGGAGCACACUCUUAAAGGGAGUGCUUCAAAUCUCAGCUUGUUACCUGUAUAAAAGACACCUGUCGACAGAAGCAAUCAAUCAAUCAGAUUCCAAACUCUCCACCAUGGCCAAGACCAAAGAGCUCUCCAAGGAUUUCAGGGACAAGAUUGUAGACCUACACAAGGCUGGAAUGGGCUACAAGACCAUCGCCAAGCAGCUUCGUGAGAAGGUGACAACAGUUGGUGUGAUUAUUUGCAAAUGGAAGAAACACAAAAUAACUGUCAGUCUCCCUCGGCCUGGGGCUCCAUGCAAGAUCUCACCUCGUGGAGUUGCAAUGAUCAUGAGAACGGUGAGGAAUCAGCCCAGAACUACACGGGAGGAUCUUGUCAAUGAUCUCAAGGAAGCUGGGACCAUAGUCACCAAGAAAACAAUUGGCAACUCACUACGCCGUGAAGGACUGAAAUCCUGCAGCGCCCGCAAGGUCCCCCUGCUCAAGAAAGCACAUAUACAGCCCCCUCUGAAGUUUGCCAAUGAACAUCUGAAUGAUUCAGAAGAGAACUGGGUGCAAGUGUUGUGGUCAGAUGAGACCAAAAUUAAGCUCUUUGGCAUCAACUCAACUCGCCGUGUUUGGAGGAGGAAGAAUGCUGCCUAUGACCCCAAGAACACCAUCCCCACCGUCAAACAUGGAGGUGGAAACAUUAUGCUUUGUGGGUGUUUGUCUGCUAAGGGGACAGGACAACUUCACCGCAUCAAAUGGACGAUGGACGGGGCCAUGUACCGUCAAGUCUUGGGUGAGAACCUCCUUCCCUCAGCCUGGGCAUUGAAAAUGGGUCGCGGAUGGGUAUUCCUGCAUGACAAUGACCCAAAAUACACGGCCAAGGCAACAAAGGAGUGGCUCAAGAAGAAGCACAUUAAGGUCCUGGAGUGGCCUAGCCAGUCUCCAAACCUUAAUCCCAUAAAAAAUCUGUAGAGGGAGCUGAAGGUUCGAGUUGCCAAGCGUCAGCCUCGAAACCUUAAUGAAUUGGAGAAGAUCUGCAAAGAGGAGUGGGACAAAAUCCCUCCUGAGAUGUGUGCAAACCUGGUGGCCAACUACAAGAAACGUCUGACCUCUGUGAUUGCCAACAAGGGUUUUGCCACCAAAACUGUGGUCCUCUGUAGCUCAGCUGGUAGAGCACGGUGCUUGUAACGCCAAGGUAGUGGGUUCGAUCCCCGGGACCACCCAUGGAUAAAAGCGUCUGCUAAAUGGCAUAUUAUUUAUUAUAUAUUUACUAAGUCAUGUUUUGCAGAGGGGUCAAAUAUUUAUUUCCCUCAUUAAAAUGCAAAUCAAUUUAUAAAAUUUUUGACAUGCGUUUUUCUGGAUUUUGUUGUUGUUAUUCUGUCUCUCACUGCUCAAAUAAACCUACCAUUAAAAUUAUAGACUGAUCAUGUCUUUGUCAGUGGGUAAACGUACAAAAUCAGCAGGGGAUGAUAUACUUUUUUCCCUCACUGUAUUUUGCCAUAACAUAUCCAAUUCUGCUAUUUUAUUCCCUUUCUUUUGAAGCCUAUUGACACCAAAGAUGAUGAAACCAAAUGUGCCUUCUGGGAGUAUGAUCCGUCCAGCAUGCAGGGCCAUUGGGCCACACAGGGCUGUGAGCAAACCCACGUCAACAGCACCACCACCACAUGCUCCUGCAAUCACCUCACACACUUCGCCAUUCUUAUGUCUUCUGGACGGGCCAACGUAAGUGUCCAUACCAUCCAUAUGAAUGCAUUCCAAUUCCCUGUGGCUGUCUCGUUGGUUAUCUAAACAUCUUGCAUCAAAGGCAAAAUGGAAGUGAUUUUCAAUAGAAAAGACUAGCUAACUUGUAUUUAUUUUAUUUUUUUAAAGGAGAGUGGAAUUGCACCCUCCUUUAUAUUUUGUGUUGUUUAUUCAGACAGCACAUAAAUAUAGAGGGAUAUAGGACAGGAGACAAGAAAAUGUGAAUGGUGUCCAUGGGGAUUGAACCAACCACCUUUUGGUCUCUAUGCUUAGUAUUGGGGGCUAUACCAUUCAACCACACAAGUGCACUAGAUUGUAGGUUUAACAUCUUAAAGUCUGACGCCUUCUGGUGGCCUUUUCUAAACAACACAUAAUAUUGUAUAAUACCCUCAUAAAAUACAGAGAUACAGCAGGCCAACAUUUUUUGAAAUGUACUACGUUUUUCGUUCGGGGAAUAAGAGAUUUGGAAGUCAAGAUUUGAAAUAAAAUAUGUCCCCAAUUACUGUCCCAAAAUGAUUUUUUAAGUAAAUGAAAAAAAAAAGGUCAGAUCGUUUACUUAAUGGUUUCCAAAAACACAAGGGCUGUAGCUUUCAAAUUAUAUGUCACUUUCUAUUUUCUGACAACAACAAAACUGGGGGAGAAGCAGGGAGAGGGGGGAUAUGAGUUCUGAGCUGUAAAAAGGAUGCACCUUCUCACUGUGUUGGUUCUUCUUUUCAGAUGGCGGCCCACUACAACAUUCUGACCAGGAUCACUCAGCUGGGAAUGAUCAUCUCCAUCAUCUGCCUGUCCAUGUGCAUCUUCACCUUCUGGUUCUUCAGUGAGAUACAGAGUACCAGAACCACCAUUCACAAGAACCUGUGCUGCAGCCUCUUCAUGGCUGAGUUCAUCUUUCUGGUCGGGAUCAAUAUGAACACCCAUAAAGUGAGCACUGACUGCACUUCGGCUCCAAUAAAUAUUGAACAGCAUAUUCUUGAACAUAGCCAGACAGUAUGUUCCAUAAAGUGAACCAGUGUGUAUGUGUGUGUGUGCCUCUGUCUGCAUCUCCUUUGCAUUUGUUUACAUAUGUAGUCACCCUUGUCUUAUAAGAUUUCAUAGAUGGUAAGUCUGUCUAAUAUGAUAAAGGUCAAUUUUGUUUCUCUCUUUGUCUGCCCUCAGCUAUUCUGCUCCAUCAUUGCUGGGCUUCUCCAUUAUUUCUUCUUAGCGGCUUUUGCCUGGAUGUGCAUUGAGGGGAUCCAUCUGUACCUUAUAGUGGUUGGUGUCAUCUACAACAAAGGAUUCCUGCAUCGCAACUUUUACAUCUUUGGAUAUGGAAGCCCUGCAGUGGUGGUGGCCAUUUCGGCUACACUUGGCUCCAAGUAUUAUGGUACCAAUAAGGUGUAAGUAGAAAAAGGGAGUGUGCUUGUUAGGUGUUGUUUUAGCACUACACACCAGCAUGUGGUUAAACAUUGUUUUAUGUUUCAAAGGUGUUGGCUGAGCACAGAAAAUAACUUUAUUUGGAGUUUCAUUGGGCCUGCGUGUUUGAUUAUCCUGGUAAGGUUCAACAUUUUAAUUUCAUCAAAUUAUUUUCAAUAAAUCUUCACAAAUUUUAUUGGACAUUCAAGAAUUUCCUUUCUUUCAGAAAUGUCUGGAAGCACAUUGAUUCAUUCAUAUACAACAUGUUAUCAUUUUGCAUGUCAGUAAUUGGUAAUAAAGUUUAUGACAUUCCAUAAUUACAUCAAGAAGUUGUUUGCUCCAAACAACAUGUUGUAGUAGUUUUAGGUUGUUUCUCAUGGUUUUGUAUGUGUCUAUCUGGUCUAAGGUCAAUCUCCUGGCUUUUGGAGUGAUCAUUUACAAAGUGUACCGACACACUGCUGUGAAGAAGCCCGAGAUUAGCCACUACGAAAACAUAAGGUAAGCCUGAUAUUGACUUUUAGCCAAAGACCCAGUGCUUGUUGAGUACUCAACAUGUGUAAAAAAUAUAUAUAUUAUUGUUACAGUUAGUAAAAUUGUCACACAGAAGUACUGAAUAUUGAGCAGAUACUUUAUGUUAGGGAAGAACUUGAGCUACAAACGUUAGCAUUAAGCUGAUUUGUAUGAGCCUUGAGUUAAGCACACAUACUGUACAUCAAGUCCAGAAUAUGGCUCACAAUGACAAAAGCAUAUAUGGUCCUUCUAGGUCCUGUGCUCGUGGUGCCCUUGCCCUUCUGUUUGUCCUGGGCGCCACCUGGACAUUUGGUGUGUUGCACAUCCUCAACGAGACCACUCUCACAGCCUAUCUCUUCACCAUUGCCAACGCUUUCCAAGGGAUGUUCAUCUUCAUCUUCCUCUGUGUGUUGUCCAGAAAGGUAACACCUUCCUCUCAAUUAGGUUCAUAAUUAUGGCCCAGAGUUUUGCCUGGUCAGAUCAUAUGGUCAGUAGAUAAACAACUUCUGGCCCUAUUUGUAAUUACUUGAGCAUUCCUUAGUUUAAUUUCUUUAUUAUAAAAAUGUUGUCAUAUUUUACCUCAUCCACCCACUGAGGCUAACUAAUGUGUUAUACAUUCGCCAUUCCAUUUGACUUUAACAGAUCCAAGAGGAGUACUACCGGCUGUUCAAAAAUGUGCCAUGUUGUUUUGAGUGCCUGAGAUGA